AUGGCGCCUACCGAGACGAUCCCGAGGGAAGACACGGCCCUGCUGCCAGGAUCUGGACAGGAUGGCAAAUAUCCUGAGUAUUCAGUCUCACUUGAAUCGCAACUCCUGAGCGAAUCAGAGCUAGUCAUCUACACCACAAUGGUCUUCAAUUCGCCAUAUCCACCUUUGGACAUACCAAAGACAAACCUCCUCUCAUACCUGUUUCCCAAAGAAACAAAACCAUCUGAUGAACCCAUAUGGAUCGACUGUAAAGAUGAAAACAUCAACCUCUCGACAAAACAGAUGCUGCAAUGGGUAAAGAGAGUUGGAUUCGGCCUCCAAAAGCUCGGUCUCCAACGUGGAGAUGUGGUCAUGAUGUGCACACCGAACCAAAUUUUUGUGCCGGUGGCAUACCUUGGUAUCGUGUCUGUAGGCUGCGUAUUCAGCGGCGCCAACCCAGCGUACACAGUGCCUGCCAAGGUUGUACUCGUCCACCCAAAUCAUCUAGAGCAGGUCCUGGAAGCUGCCGGCAAGUCCAACCUACCCCGUUCUAGGGUAUUUCAGUUUUCCGAAUUCGAAAAUCAGAUCAAGUACGGCAUUUUGGACUGGAGACAGAUGAUUGGCACUUCAGCACACGCAGAGUCUUACCAAUGGCCAGAGUUGAGCGCGGAAGAGUCAACUAGCACUGUUGCAACCAUCAACUACUCAUCAGGCACUACCGGCCUUCCUAAGGGGGUUUGCGUAUCACAUCACAAUCUGAUCGCCAAUCUCGAGCAGACAAUCUUCAUGAGAUAUGCGGAAAAGCCUUACUCCUUUGAGAACCGGCCGCGGGAGCGGUGGAUCGGCUUCUUGCCCCUCUAUCACGCCUACGGCCAGCUCUACGUCGUCCUCAUGGCGAUGAAGUUGAACAUUCCGACGUACAUCAUGAAAGAGUUCCGGUACGAGGAAUUCCUCUUUGCCAUCGGCAAGUACAAGAUCACCAACCUGCAAGUCGCGCCCCCGAUCCUUGUCAUGUUAUCGAAGCGCCCGGAGACGGCCCGCUACGACUUGUCGAGCGUCAAGGAUAUGCUCUGCGGAGCGGCACCGUUGUCGCGGGAGCUACAGAAUGAGUGCCAGAGGAGGUUCUCGGUGCAGAUCAACCAGGGUUGGGGGAUGACGGAAGUGACUUGCGGGGGGGUCAUGGUGCCUGGUGGCAUCAAGGAUGAUAAUGGCAGUGUGGGAAGGCUGUUUCCCAAUUGUGAUUGUAAGCUGGUGGAUGAGGAGGGGAGAGAGGUUGGCUUUGGCGAACCGGGCGAGUUGUGUAUCAGGGGCCCCAACAUUUGUCUCGGAUACUGGCGCAACGAAGUUGCCACCAAAGAGGCGUUGGUGAACGGCUGGCUCAAGACGGGUGAUAUCGCCAUCUGCAACGAAGAUGGCUAUUUCUGGAUUGUGGACCGUAAGAAGGAGCUUAUCAAAGUCAACGCCCUUCAAGUUGCGCCCGCAGAAUUAGAGGCCGUCCUGCUCGAAAACGAACACGUAGCAGACGCAGCUGUUGUUGGAAUAAUCAUUGAGGGUAAUGAGUGGCCAAGAGCUUAUAUAGCUCUCCAAGACGCCUCAAGAGAGAAGGUCAAGCCAGAAGAUAUCCAAGAAUGGAUCAAGCCGAGGGUUGCCAAGCACAAGGCACUCGUCGGCGGUGUGGUCUUCGUUAACGAGGUUCCUAAGCUUGCGAGCGGCAAGAUUCAGAGGAAAGUGAUGCGCGAAUGGUCCAAGAGAGACGCAGCGGCGUUGGAGGAAACUGCGAGGAGUCCGAGAUCAAGGGCUCGCUACUGCCAGAACCCACAAAUUCGGGAGACAGAGACAGAGCAAGGCUUCCUUCAGCUCCUAUUCACAGAGAAAGAUACCGCCGCAUCAUCUGUGUCGGCGCCGGUGUUUCUGGCCCCCUAUAAGCUCCAACGACACUUCUCCAAGCAUGCGCUUCAGUGUUAUGAGAAGAGCCCCUCGGUACCUGGGACAUGGUUUGAGAACGGGUAUCCCGGAUACCUGGAAUGGUCUGCCGCGUACCCUCCGGCUCCCAAGAUUCUGGAAUACUUUGAGAACUUUGCCAAGAAAAACUCGCUGUACCAGUACAUCGAGCUCCAACACCAUGUCAUCGGCGCCUACUGGAACUCGGAGGACGGGGGCUACGACAUACACGUCCAAGACACAUCCACCAGUGAAACAAUCGUCGACCACUGCGACAUCCUCAUUAACGCAGGCGGCGUCCUCAAUAACUGGAACUCAGGCAUCGAAGUUCUGCCCUCAAUUCGCGAGAAGUGUAAGCGGGCGACGAACUUCGUACGCAGACCGACGUGGGUGUCUCCCGCCCAAGGUCUCGAACAGCAUCUAUUCAGUUCCGCGGAGGAGAAAGAAUUCGCUGAGAAGCCAGGGGCCCUCAUCGAGUAUCGCAAGAACAAAGAGUCUGAUCUGAAUAGCCAAUUUGGAAUAUACAACAAGAUCAACGAGAACACGCGCGCAUACUUCCUCCAGCAGAUGAAGGAGAAGCUCAACAACCCUUCCCUCGAAUCGAAGCUCAUAACGUAG